AGAUCAGAGAAGAUCCCACGCAGCUUUACCAUGGAGCUCAAAGUUUUAUAGCAAAUUCAAGGCCAAUUCAGUUUUUUUUUAAUUUUCCGUUUGGGGUCAAGUUUUCAGUAACCCUCGUUUUGAUUGGUAUUUUAAGGUGAUGGGUUUGAAGUAUAAUGCUGGGUUAGGGUUGAUUGGCACGGUUGUGUUUAUAUGGGUGUUAUCUGCAGAGAUAACACAGACGAUUUUCUCGGAAUACAAACAGCCAUUUGCACUCACUUAUCUUGGAGUGUCCCUUAUGGUUGUUUAUUUACCCAUUGCUGUUUUAAAGGAUUGGAUCUACAACUUGUUUAAUGCAAAUUUAUCCAAAAACCUAUACGAUGGCAGCUUGGUAAUUAACACUUCGAUCGGACUCGAUGUCCCUCUUAAAAUCAAUGAAUUGCCCCACAGUGCGGAAUCUGACCUUAAAAGAUGCCUUAUAACUGACACGGAUCUUAGUGAAAGAGAAGAGGGGCAGCCUCUCGAUUCGAGUUACGAGAAAGAUGGACCUUACUUGCCUGAACAUGGCAGCGGACCGAGUUCGUGGAACAUCGCCGUGUGUAGCUUAUAUCUAGCUCCAAUUUGGUUUAUGACCGAGUAUUUAUCAAACUCUGCUCUGGCAAAUACCAGUGUUGCAAGUACAACUGUCCUGACAUCUACUUCGGGGCUCUUUACGCUUUUCUUUGGAGCUCUUCUCGGCCAGGACACUGUAAAUGUUGCGAAAGUGGUGGCUGUAUUUAUUAGCAUGACUGGUGUUGCUAUGACCACAGUUGGAAAGACAUGGGCGUCAGAUGAAAUGCUUACCGCCUCUGAAGCUAGAAGGCACUCCAUAAUGGGGGAUAUAUUUGGCCUUCUGUCUGCAAUUUCAUAUGGCUUGUUUACAGUUCUGCUCAAGAAAUCUGCUGGAUCAGGAGAGAAAGUCGAUAUGCAAAAGUUCUUUGGAUUUGUCGGUCUCUUCACUCUUUUGGGACUUUGGUGGCUUGUGUGGCCACUUAAUGCUGUUGGGAUAGAACCUCCAUUUGAAUUUCCACAUUCAGCAUCCGUUGGCGAAUUAGUGCUUGUUAACGGCUUUGUGGGAAGCGUCCUCUCAGACUACUUCUGGGCACUUUCCGUGGUUUGGACAACUCCAUUAGUCGCAACAUUGGGCAUGUCAUUGACAAUACCACUAGCAAUGAUAGCUGACAUGGUCAUACACGGACGACACUUCUCCGCGGUCUACAUCUUCGGGUGCAUUCAGGUAUUUGCAGGUUUCGUUAUAGCUAACGUGUCGGACAAGUUUACGAAGAAAUCGGAGUUGUAGCGAGUCGUUUGUGAGUUUCGGGAGGGAGCCUAAACGUUUUAACUUUUU